AUGGCCCCUGUUGCUGUGCCCCAUGUCCUUCUGCAGGGCGCCGACAAGCAGAUACGCUCCCCGAAUAUCUUCUGGGGACGUCGACAGCACGUUUCUGCCCUUUCGGGCCUUUUGAGCCUGACUCUUGUGGUCGGCUCGAUCUUCCUCACUCUGUUCCUCCACAUCUGCCUGGAGCACUUUGGUGGUUCAAUCUGGGCCGCCAUAACAGAGCCACUGUUCGUCCAGUCGCCAUUUCUCUUCAUUUUACGUUACCUGCCGGCGGUCUUUGCAGGCCCAGUACUGGGGUAUGCAGGCUGGGUGGUUGUACAGGCCAUGCUGUACACCGUCGUUCCCGGAAAGGUGGUGCAUGGCCCGCCGACACCUGGAGGCCACGCGCAUCCGUACCUGAUAAACGGAUUGUCGUGCUGGUUUCUCACAGUUUGUGGCUUUGUUCUUUCAGGAUAUGCAGGUGGGAUUGGUGUGAUGGCGAGCGUCGCGCGGAACUGGGGGGCGCUCCUGGUAGUCGCCAACAUUUACGGGCUGAUCACUGCAGUGCUGGCGUAUGUCAAGGCACGUGUGAGCCCAACCUUCGAGCGUGAUCGCCGAUUCAGCGCCUUCAUGGCUAAGCAAUACGAAGCAUUCGGGUCUAUAUCGAACUCCAUGGUGGCCGUGACCCUGUUCCAUGCUAUUUACACCAUCGACUUCUUCGUCAACGAGGACUGGUACUUACCCCUGACUAAUGCAGCUUGUUUUUCAGGGCUGACGCCAAUUGAAUCCAGGUACCUGAGCACAAUCGAUAUUGCACUGGACCACUUUGGAUUCUGUCUCGGCUGGGGUCCAGCCGCCUGGCUUCCGAUGAUCUAUACAAUCCAGGCCCAGUAUCUGGCGUUGUACCCCACACAUCUUCCAUGGAGCAUCUUCUCUGUUCUUCUCAUGGUCGGAGCCGCUGGGUAUAUCCUCUUUCGGCUGUCAAACUACGAGAAACAGAUACUCCGCGGGAGUGGAAGUAACCGGUUUCUCGAGUCUAGACAGCGCAUAAUCCGCGCCCAGUACACAACCGGCAGCGGAGAUGUCCACGAGUCCCGGUUGCUGUAUUCCGGAUGCUGGGGCAUUGUGCGCCAUCCCAACUACGUCGGGGACAUCAUCUUCUCCUUCUGCACCUGCGUCACCUGCGGAUGGAACCACAUCCUGCCGUACAUAUAUUUUAUCUACAUGACGUGUUUGCUGGUGCACCGGUGUCAUCGGGAUGAAAAGCGCUGCUCAACCAAGUACGGGGCUUACUGGGAACAGUAUAGACGCCUGGUACCGUGGAGGAUGGUGCCUGGGAUCUUCUAG